AUGCCCAACUGCAGUCAGGUCAAGACCCUGAUGAGGACAACAAGCAAGCAGUUGCACUUCCCUGAGACGGUUUCUGACAGUUAUUCUCAUCAGUUCUUUCCUUGUCCACACUGCACCAUCUCCUUUACUGACUGUUAUUUCCUGGAGAAUCACAUCAAGAACAAACAUCAGAAGCAGUACCUGGCCAUGUUGAAAAGCCAAGUCUCAAAGAGUAAAAGAGUGUACGGCCCCACACACAGCUGUCCCCACUGUAGCUGCAUGUUCCAUACACCACGACAGCUAGACAUUCAUACCUGCCAGGCCCACCCCUCUGCCCGUCCCCAGAAACCUGCCCCUCCCCGGAAAACUGGCCGUCCCCACAGGGUUCAGGAGAAAUUCCACACCUGCCCACAGUGUUCCCGCAGAUUCAAGUACCUGGGCAGCCUGCUGAAGCACUGCAAGAGUUUGCACAAAAUGUCCAUUGUUCUCACCGAUGGAAACAUCAGUUGCGCGGACUGUGAGAAGAGCUUUGAGAAUUUCUGGAGCCUGGGGCCUUACCGGUGUCACGAACCAGAGGGUUCUAGACCUAAGGACACUAAACAGAUGAUCUGUCUGGAAGUCGGCUUCCAAUGCUUAGAUUGUGGCAAGAUCCUCACUACUCUUACGAGCCUGAACACUCACAUGCGCAUCCACACUGGUGAGAAACCUUAUGUCUGCAAGGAGUGCGGCAAGCGCUUCUCAGUUACCGACACUUACCGUUAUCACAUGUUAAUAUACAAUGGGAUCAAGCCAUUCAAAUGCCAGGACUGCGGGAAGGAUUUCAAACAGAAGUCGCUCCUCAGGAAGCACAUGACCGUUCACUCUGGUGAGAGGAAGUACUCCUGCUCCCAAUGCGACAGGCAGUUUGCAUACAGGGAGAGUCUGAAGCUUCACCUGCGCACACACUCAGGGGAGAGACCUUUCAAAUGUACUGUGUGUGGUAAAGACUUUGCUGACAAAGGUUAUCUGAAGAUGCAUCUGAAGAUCCACAACAACCAGAAAAGCUACCAUUGUGGGGUUUGUAGGCAGAAGUUCAUAAGGAUUGGGGUGCUGAACGUACACCUGCGUGAGAGGCCUUACCACUGCACAGUGUGUGACAAGCAAUUUGCCCGACUCGACCACCUGAAGAACCACCAGCGCACUCACACAGGUGAGAAACCAAACACCUGUACAGAGUGCGGUAAAAGCUUCACUCAGUCUGGAGAUCUGACCAAACACAAGCGCAUCCACACUGGGGAGAGGCCGUUUGAAUGUUCUGAAUGCCACAAACGGUUUAUCUGUUCAGGUUCUCUGACCCUGCACAUGAGGACCCACACUCACCGUGAUGUAAAGCCAUACUCCCGCCAAGAGUGUGGGAAGAGCUUUUAUGAACAGUCAUGUGAACGGCCACAUGAAAAUCCACAAUGGGAAGCGUUAUGCCGGUCCUCUCUGCUUUAUCAGCUUUGCUCGCAAGUCCAACCUCUCCAAAUACCAGCAUAGAUGUCAUAAACCUAAAUGAUAAUGAUGUAUGUUUUUAACAUAAAACAUUUUAUGAAGCUGUUACUCUUAUGAAUUAAUAGGAGUGGAGUCCGAUCUCUUGUCAGUGAUAGAUGUGUGACCACAAAUGCUAACGAAAUGUUGCUCCCCUGUUUAUGAUAAUGCCACAAUGUUUUUCGCAGUCCUCCAGUUGGGUCACACAGUGAGCUCCAUGUAUUGGGACAGUGACAUGUUUUGGCUCUGUACUCCAGCACUUUGGA